AUGCACAGCGAACCUACGACCUUCUCCGCAGAGUCGUAUUUUGCUACGCAGGGUCCACCACCCAAUCUCGAGCAUGAAGUCAAUGCCGUUCGUGCCUUUGUCGCCCAGCAAAUCCAACAGAAUCGAAAUGUAGUUUUGGUUACGAGUGGAGGGACCACUGUUCCUCUAGAGCUCAAUGUUGUCCGAUUUCUUGACAAUUUUAGUGCCGGUACCAGAGGUGCCACAUCUGCGGAGUAUUUCCUCAAAGCCGGAUAUGCCGUCAUUUUCAUGCAUCGCCAGUUCAGUCUACAACCAUUCAGCCGACAUUAUUCCCAUUCUACCAAUCCUUUCCUCGACUUCCUCGAAAUAGACCAGACAGACAGCAAAGAACCCCAGAUCAGCGUAACAGCCAAUAAAAGGGCUCAUUUACUCGAGGUCUUAACGGCGUACAAGUCUGUUCAUGCUAACGGAACGUUGCUCACCUUGACAUUCGUUACUGUCAAUGAUUAUCUCUGGCUUCUUCGCGCUGUUUCGCAGGAGCUCUCCGUUAUGCGGAGAAGGGCAAUGUAUUACUUGGCCGCUGCUGUCAGUGACUUCUUCCUUCCAAGACAGAAGAUGUCAGAGCACAAGAUCCAAUCUGGCAAGGGAAGCCUACACAUUGAAAUGGAUCAAGUGCCAAAGAUCCUCAAGUCUAUGGUAGAUGAAUGGACUCAUGACGGUUUUAUUGUCUCGUUUAAGCUCGAAACGGAUCCUCUUUUACUGAUACCAAAAGCUCAUGCAGCACUAGAACGAUACGGUCACCAAGUGGUCAUCGGGAAUGACCUUCAUCGACGUAAAUUUGAGGUGGUCUUCGUCUCUCGCAACUCUCAGCCCGAUGGCGAUGCUUCCACCAGCAAGCUAGAGGAGGCCACUUCUACAUUCGUAGAUCAUUGGCUCCGUAUUGAUUUAGCCCACGACCCAACCAAAGAAAUCGAAGAAGAUAUCAUUUCAGAAUUGGUCAGACGGCACGAAGAAUGGGUGAAAAAGAAACAAGUGAUGUAA